AGAUCGCUAGCUGCUCUGUCGACUUUACAGUGCGCGCGAGCGCGAUUCAUUCGGUUUCAGUUCAGGGUGUGGUCGCGGACGAACUCCUAACUCGUGACUGCUGAGGUAAGCCAAAGCCAAGCUACUCAGUCAGCAACUCGUACUCGUACUCUUACUCGUAGUGGUCGAGCUCUCCGCGUUGUAGUCAUCGUCAUCGUCGUGCGCUGCGCUGCUCCGCACAGUCAAAUUCGCCAGCUCUCGGUGUGUACCAGUGUCAGUGAGUGUUCCUCGUAUCCCAUCUACGUAAGCGCUCUCGAAGCCCCUUUUUUUGGGGGAUUUUUGUUCCGGUCUGUUCGGAAUUAUAGCGGUGACAAUUCGCGAAUGCGUGGUUCGCGUUAAACAGCCCCUUAAGGUGUAACCGCGAAAGUGCAAACAGUUGAGUGAGAUCAGUGUUCCAAGUUGCGGAUAACUAACUCGAGAUUUGGAUAAAUUUUUGAACGUCAGUCGACAAAUCCAAACACAGUUUCAAAAUGGUGGCCAGUAAAAACAUGAAUGUUCGUGUCACUACGAUGGAUGCCGAGCUGGAGUUUGCCAUACAGCAAACUACCACCGGCAAACAACUCUUCGAUCAAGUUGUCAAGACUAUUGGUUUACGUGAAGUCUGGUUUUUUGGACUGCAAUACACCGAUAGCAAAGGAGAUCUUACAUGGAUCAAAUUAUACAAAAAAGUCAUGAGUCAAGAUGUGAAAAAGGAGAACCCGUUACAGUUCAAAUUUCGCGCCAAAUUUUAUCCGGAAGAUGUGGCCGAAGAAUUGAUACAAGAUAUUACCCUGAGGCUGUUUUAUUUACAGGUGAAAAAUGCUAUUUUAUCGGACGAAAUUUAUUGCCCACCGGAAACGUCUGUGCUGCUGGCUUCGUACGCUGUGCAAGCUCGUCACGGAGAUUACAACAAAGUCAUCCAUAUCCCUGGAUUCUUAGCCAAUGAUCGUCUUCUACCUCAGAGAGUUAUGGAUCAACAUAAAAUGUCGCGCGAAGAAUGGGAAAACAGUAUUACAACGUGGUGGAACGAGCAUAAAGGAAUGCUACGCGAAGACGCCAUGCUCGAGUAUCUGAAAAUAGCUCAAGAUUUAGAAAUGUACGGAGUGAAUUACUUCGAGAUACGUAACAAAAAAGGUACCGAGCUAUGGUUAGGAGUGGACGCCUUAGGAUUAAAUAUCUACGAAAAAGAUGACAAAUUAACACCUAAAAUCGGUUUCCCGUGGUCGGAAAUUAGAAACAUUUCGUUCAACGAUCGUAAAUUCAUCAUCAAACCGAUCGACAAGAAAGCUCCGGAUUUCGUCUUCUUCGCUCCGAGAGUUCGUAUCAAUAAGCGUAUCUUAGCUCUAUGUAUGGGUAACCACGAACUCUACAUGAGGCGCAGAAAACCCGACACUAUCGACGUGCAACAAAUGAAAGCUCAAGCUCGCGAAGAGAAAAUCGCCAAACAGCAACAAAGGGAGAAAUUACAAUUGGAAAUCGCUGCCAGGGAGAAGGCCGAAAAGAAACAUCAAGAAUACGAAGAACGAUUGAAAUCCAUGCAGAAUGAAAUGGAAAAACGAGAAAAAGAAUUACAAGAAGCUCAAGAAAUAAUUCGUCGACUGGAGGAACAAUUGAAACAACUGCAAGCCGCCAAAGACGAAUUGGAAGUUCGCCAAAACGAGCUGCAGAUGAUGAUGGAACGUUUAGAAGAAUCAAAAAAUAUGGAAGCGGCCGAACGCGCUAAAUUAGAAGAAGAAAUCAAAGAUAAACAAAGCGAAGUGGAACGUAUCAGAACCGAAGUCGAAAUGAAAGAUCAAGAAACCCGCAGAUUACAGGUUGGUUUUGUUUUCAUUUGCCUUUGUAAUUACGUUGCUCGAGAUGUUGUUGAAAUCGACGUACCUAAACGCGUUUUCUUUUUACAUUACCUGCAGGAUGAAGUUGAAGCUGCUCGUCAGAAACAAGAGGCGGCCAAGAUCGCUCUUUUGGCGGCUACCUCAACUCCGCAACAUCACCACGUCGAAGAAAAUGAAAAUUGUGAUGAAAACGACGAAAUGUUCAACGGUCAUGUAUCCCGUGACUUGCAAACCGAUUCCAGCAUCGUCGAUCCUGUCGAAGAACGUAGAACGUUGGCUGAACGAAAUGAACGUCUGCACGAUCAACUCAAGAUGCUGAAACAAGAUUUAGCUCAAUCGCGAGAUGAAACGAAAGAAACAACGUUGGAUAAAAUACACCGAGAAAACGUACGCCAAGGACGCGAUAAAUACAAAACGUUAAGAGAAAUUCGUAAAGGAAAUACUAAACGACGAGUUGAUCAAUUCGAAAACAUGUGAUUCGCUAUUCGCAGCAGCAGCCUGUUCGAGACGUGUAUCGAUAAAAUUUACAAUUACAAGAGCCUGUUACCUACCUUUUAACACUGUUUAUUCCAUUUUAGCCGUUGUGUAUCGUGUUUUAUUCAAUUUUAUUUAUUUUCUUCUUCUAUUUUUUUCCAAUUUGUAUCGUAAACGAAUUAUUAGCCAGUAAAAUUUUACUAUCUACGUAAGAAGGCAGUAUAAUCGUACGUGUACUUUGUAUUGUAUUCUUAUCUGUUCAUCGAACAAUGCCCGAUAUAUUUUUCUUUUCUAUAUAUUUUUGUCCUUUUAUUUAAUGUAAUAUUGUUUCUUUUUUUUUCCUUUUUGUUGUAAAUCGAUAUUUGGUCGAUUUUUUUCUAUUCCAUAUUUAUAUUUUACAAAUCUGACCGUCUCGAAGUUCGAGAUGUUAUCAAUUUAUUAUCGUGUAAUAUUCUAUUUUUUCUUAUACGACGACAAUAUUUCCCUCCGUUUUGUAAAUUAGGUAUUUAAAAUUUGGAAAUAUCACUAUACUUUUUGUAUGUAUCGUAUUUUCGCGAGCCGACAGCCGACGUUCGGUGGGUAGCCUGUGGCGACCAAGGGAGCAGAUAACUCACAGGCUUACGAUGUACGAAGCGUAAGUCCGUUUUAAUAAUGAAAUAUGACGAAAUUAUUCAGGCUAUUAUAAUGUUUUUUUUUUCAACAUGUGAUUUUGUCAUUGAUCACUCUCUACUCUUUUUGUUUCAACCAGUGGCGCUUGAAUUUUGUCGUUUAAUAAAUAUUCGUAUUUUU